AUGAAGAGCGCACCACCGCGGGAGCAGUGCGCAGCUAGAACCGCAGCCCCGGCCCUUGGUUCACUGCAAGAACCUGGUCUUGCAGGUGCGGAAAGAUCACGAGAUUCAAACUGGGGCGGACGACGUGACUACACCGGACGACCCGUUGGAUCGUUGGGAAGGGCUACCCGGCGGGCGCGUGCGUUGAGACUGCGCCAAGAACUACAGGACGCCGUUCCUGGGGCAUUCAACCUGUCUGCCAGCAGUCUGCAAGAAGUCGUGAGGGCUUGGAUAGAUUUCGAACCCGAGUGGGCCGAGGAGGCGAAGAAGAGAUACCUGAACAAGGGCACGUACAAUAGAUACAUCUCAAGCGCAAAGAAGAUUAGGCGUGCGAAAGGGGCGGAGAUGAGAGCCUGGGUGCUCGCAAAAGCGGCGGACGAGUUUCGCGCUGAGAGUAUCGAGACGCUCGACCUCGUCGUGAAGGAUGCGGCGAAGUCGAUCAGCGCAGCAGCGGAGAUGGAGGAUGACACCGGUACGGAAGACAACUAUUUGUCCAACUAUCAGCUGGCGCACACGGUCCAGGUGGCCAUGACGUUGAUCCAGCUGUACACUCAGCAGCUCAACGGGGUCGACCGGAUGGAUGCACUGUCCAUCGCAGCAGAAGUUGGACGGACAAGUGUUCCAACAGUACAGCUGUGGGAGCGGGAUUUCAUCGCGCGCGGACACAUCAAACCACCCGACACAGGUCGCUUCAAGCGCCGGUUUUUGCUGGAACUCGACGAAGGCAUCUCGAAGCUCGCGAAAGACUGGGUGCUCGAGAACUGCGGGAUACUGAGUGGGCAAGCCAACAAGACGGCGGAGGAUUUCCGUAAGUGGGUGAACGGCACCAUCAUGCCGAUGCUGGAGGCGCAACAAUCGGAGUACUUCGACCCUUUCCAAGGAUUGAGAAUAAGGCUGGUGGAAGGGAAGGAGAACGAGCCGCCGAAGCGCCAAAUCUCCCUUUCCACGGCAACGGAGUGGCUGAACAAGAUGGGAUGCGAAUACCACGACGGCAAAAAGGGUCUAUACUUCGAUGGCCACGACGACGAGAAGACCCUAGAGUACCGGCACGACAAGUUCCUGCCGGCGCUGUUCGAGACCUUNGGAGACCGAGCGCUUGCCGGAUGGUGGUGUCUGGGUUGGUGUCGAUGA